AGUUACACUCACCAAUUCACUAAUACUCGUAGAAGAAGAAAACAGAGAGCGAAAAUGGCAGGGAUGAUCCACAAGAUCGAAGAGAAGCUGGGUAUGGGAGGCAAGAAGGAAGGUGAGAAGCACGACGAGGUGAAGAAAACCGAACACGGGUACGGAUCGGGAGAGAACCACAAGCAGGCCGAGCACGAUCACCACAAGCAGCCGGAGGCAGAGCACAAGGAAGGCCUUGUGGAGAAGAUCAAAGACAAAAUCCACGGCGGCGACGCUGAAGGUGCUGACGGCAAGAAGAAGAAGAAGAAGAAGGACAAGAAGAAACACGGCGAUGAUCAUGGCAGCAGCAGCAGCAGCGACAGCGAUUGAUUGCAGCACAUUUGAGAAUGGAAUAAAGAAAGAGUGUGCGUUUGUGUGUGCUUUGCUUUGUGUAUGUAUAAUGUAUUAAUAUUACUACUCUGUAUUUGGAUUAUUCUACUCCUUCCUCUAUGUUAUCUGCUUUGCUCUA